UUUCUCAAUGUCUUUUACCCUUUCAAGAUCAAAUAAGGAAGAAGUUAAAGUCAAUCAAAGAUGUUUGGUCGACAAAAUUUUGGCUCGUUAUUCUAGUGAAUUCGUGAUAUAUCGAGAAUUAUUACAAAAUUCCGAUGACGCUAAAUCAACUAUGAUCAAGAUUUAUUUUAAAACUAAAGAUCCAAACACAAAUACAAAUAUACUACGGGAUGAAAUUGUAACAAUUUUAUUCAAAAAUGAUGGAGACCAUUUUAAACCCCAAGAUUGGAAUAGGAUCAAGGAAAUCGCUGUAGGAAAUCCUGGUGAUCAAAAAAUAGGAGCUUUUGGCGUCGGUUUUUAUUCAGUGUUUUCGGUUUGUGAUGAGCCAUCUGUAAUGUCUGGUGGACAAGGAAUGAAGUUUGUUUGGGAGAACAAUCAAUUAACUACGGAACAUGGUGAAAUUGACAAAGAUGGUGAAACCGUCGACGAAGAUCAAAAGUGGACAACGUUCACAAUGCACUUGAGAAAGCCUGAAAAAUUUCCAAAUGUUGAAGAAUUUACGCGAUUCUUUUCUAAUUCAUUAGGAUUUACGAACAAUAUUAAAGAAAUAAUCGUAUACUUUAAUGAUACACAAGUAAUAAAAUUAUCAAGGGAAUCGCAAGGUCAAAAAUCGAUAGAUAUUAAUUCAGAAUUUAAUACCUAUUCUCCAAAUAAGACGUUUAAGCUUAAAUCAUUAGAUAUUAGAGAUAUUCGAAUGAACGUCGAGAGAUUACUGGUCCAAAAAGAAAAUUCAGAGCAGCAAUCACUAAUCAAUGAUUAUCAAAUAGAAGAUACUUUCAUAGUUCUCAAAAUUGCUGAUGGAAAUUUGGAAAUCACAGUUGAUGAAGAGUUUUCUGAAGAAAUGAAACGAAUUACCAAAAAGGACCUACCAAAAUAUACACCUAUAUACUUGAUGUUUACUGAAUUUGAUGGAGAUUAUAAUAAAAAUAUUUCUUCAAUUUUUAAAAAUUUACUUCCAUAUCCGAAACAAGGUAGAUUAUACAUUGGUUUUCAAACCCAACAAACAAUAGGAUGUUUCUCAAAUUUGUCAGCUCAUGUAAUUCCCAGUGUAGAACGCGAGUCAAUCGAUUUAGUAAACAAACCUUUGAAGGAGUUUAAUGAGGGAAUAUUAUAUUUAGCAGGAGUAUUGUGUAGAAUUUUAUAUGAGAAUGAAAUGAAUAAAAUAAAAAUGGAUCUUAAUGUCGAAAAUAUAGAACAUCUUGAAAAACGUGCAGCACAUGUUCUAGGACAUUUCACGUUUAAUGAAAGUACGCCAAAAGAAUCUGUUGGUAUAAUCAUCGAAAAACAAUUUUUUGAUUGUUUGAACCAAAAUUUGCCGAUUCUAUCAACACAAGGGAUCCUUCCGAUAUCUGAUGUUCGAAUUCCUGAUCCAAAAACGGAAGCAUUCAUUAAAAAAGUUCCGAUUGUUCCAAAAAUUAUAUUAGAACACUGUGAGCCUUUUUUCAAAAAAGCGAAGGAUAUGAGACUUAUAGAAGUAUUAUCUUUUCAAGAUGUUUUACGUGAAUUGAGAAGUCGAUCGUUAUCUGAAAAAACUGAAAUAAUUGCACUUUUGAAGUGGUGGAUAUCUCAUAGGUCAGAGAGUAAUAAUACUAAUUCGGAUGAAUUUACGCAAUUUAUGCAAUCGGCUAUCGUUUGCAUUAGAGAUAAACCUCAAGCCUUGAAUACGAUUCAAUAUGCUUUUGGUUCGAGAGAACAGAAUUCGCUAAAAAUCAACGACAAGAGUUUAAUUUUACCAGGUAUAGAAAUUCCAAUUCCUGAUGACGUUUUGCCACAUAAUAUUUCCGAAAAUUUUGAAAAUCCUGAGAUGGAAAAAUAUUUUCAAUGGGAUGAGUUACCUUUGAUUCAUUGGGCAAGAUUUAUUGUUGACCUCCCUGAAUUAGAAAUUAAUCCUACUUUUGCAGAAACGGUUCAUAUUACUUUAGCAGCGGGUCUACAAAAUCUAGAUAUUUCCGAAAAUGAUAAGAAUAUAAUUCGUGGGUUAUUUAUCUGCAAGAAAUGCAUUCCAACAACAUGUGGCAUGAAAAACCCUGAUGAUGCUUAUUUACAGGAUGUUGAUGCAUCUAAUUUAUUCUCUGACCUACCGAAAAUCCAAUUUCAAAAAUUCUUUGAUUCCAAAGAUUUAAUGUUACUUCUCGGUGUUAAUAAAGUUAUCAAAGUGGAUCGUAUCAUUGAUUAUGCUUCAAGUGGAGUAAAUUAUAAUCAUAUGCAACUCGCAAAAUAUCUUAGUUCAAAAUUAAAUAAUUUCAAUAAAAGUGAAUGGGAUAGAUUAAAGGACGCAAAAAUAUGGCCCAAAUAUAAUUCAAAUGAUCAACAUUUUAUCGCGAGGGAAUUAUUCGUACCGCUAGACUUAUAUCGUGAAUUUCUUUUACCUACUAUUGAAUGGACAGAAAAAUGGGAUCUUAACACUGGAGAAGCAAAGUUCUUAAUUAAUUUGGGAUUACAACAAUAUCCAACCCUUUCAGAGAUUCUCAAGUUGUCUGCACCACCGACUGAAAAGGAAAUUCGCAAUAAAGCUUUAAAAUCUUUUAUUGAUAAUUUUGAGAAAUAUUCUCAUGAGUAUGAUCCUGCUACAAUAGCCAUUGAAUUCCUACCUUGUUUCAAGCCAGAUGUAUAUGCUAAACCAUCGGAAUGUUUUAUCAAUUUUGAUUGCGCAAAAAUGGGAUUUAAUGUUAUAGAAAGAGUUUAUAAAGAUCAAGCUGAAAAGCUCGGUGUAAAUCAACAUCCUGAUAAUGAAAGGCUCAUUAAACAGCUAACUGAGAAUAGACCAAAAUCUGAAGUUGAAGCAAAAGACAUUUUUGAAUAUUUAGAAACACGGCAGGAUACAUUUACAAACUCACAGUUGAAUCUCUUAAGUGAAUCCGAGUUUAUUCCCAUUCGUAAUAAAGAGCAAAAUAUUAUUCAUAAAAGUCCAUAUAACUGUUUCUUUAAGGGACAAAAAGAAGUGGUAAAAAUUUUUGGCGAAUUCUUUUUAUUUAUAGACUUUGGGAAGAGCGCCAAUAAAUUUUUACAAAAAUGUGGUGUCAAAAAUGAACCACCUGCGGUAAAAAUCGCCGAGUUGCUAGUGAAAUCGUCACGUGAAGUUUGGGAGUCGGUUGGGAGAGAUACAGAAAAUUAUAAAUUUAUUUUACAAAAACUUGCUGAUGAUUUUAAUAAUAUAGAAGAAAAUCCGGAUUUAAUUACAAGGAUGAAGGCAGAGCCCAUUUUAUUAGGUGUGUCCGAAGGAAAAAAAUAUGACUUGGAUUCUGUUGAGAAUAUUUAUAUAAAUGAUGACGUAGUGUAUCUAGAAAUUUAUAAUGAACUAUCGAUGAUUCCGAAAGGUUACUCCAAAUUUCUUUAUGAAUGUUUGGGGUGUAAAUCAUUGAGUGAAUCUAUCAAGGAAAAAGUAGAAGUAUCAGGAAAUACUCAAGAAACAAAAGAAUCUCAAGAUUUACAAAAAAAAUUGGAUGAAAGAGCGUAUUUAUUCUAUUGUGAUUAUCCUAAAAAUUUCAUUAGAAGAAAUGAAGGAUGGCUUAAAAAACUCAAAGUAAAAGGGAUAGACAAAAUUGAAGCGAAAUAUUUUAUGAAAGCCAAAAAUAAUUACAAAAUACGGCCUGUAACUGCAUGUAUUCUUGAAGAUCAAGAAAAGUGUAUAUUUAAUUUUUAUAUUACAUUAAAACCAGAUUAUCUUGAUAUUUCAAAAUGUUUAGUCAUGUAUAUCUACAAAUCACGUAAAUCAAGGGAAAUUAAUUAUCUAGCUAUGAUGUUAAAGGCACCUCUUGAAGAUUUAAAGUAUUCUAAUAAUGAUGCUAAUCAAGAAAAUUCACAAUGUGGCGUUGAUAAAACAGAAUAUGACCCUCAAAUAGAUCAGAAUUCAACAAAUUAUGACUCUCAAUUAGAAGAUUUAUUUAAAUCAUUAAGAACAAUGUUUGAGGACUGCGAUCAUGAUUAUAUUUACCAUUGUUUGAAACAACAAGAAGAAGAUAAGUUAAUCAAUGUUGAAAAUCAUUUGAUGGAAGGAAAUUACCCAAAGAUUAAAAUCCCUGUUAAUCCUUACGAUCCACCAGUUACUAUAAAAGUUGGAAAGACCUUCAUGAAUGUAAUUCAAAUAUCCCAGCCCAGCUUGGGAAGCUAUCUGAAUGAAAACCAAACGAUUUAUUGUAAAAACAUUAAAGAUUAUUCACUAAAGUUUGAGAAAUUUUUGGAUGGUAUAGAGUUUCAUAUUCCAAAAGAUAUUGAUAAAUCUGAGAUAUUUUCAAGACAUCAAAAUUCAUUAAAUCAUUUUGCCAAAAUAAUAAAAGACCUUAUUGAAGUCUUUGAUUGCGCACCAAAAUUUAUUCGCAUUUUUUAUGACAAAUCCAAUUUAAUGGCAUUCAAUCAGGAUCGUGCACUAUUCUUUAAUUUCAAAAUUUACCUUGAUCUGUACAAAAUUGAACCUACAAUUGACGCGAUGACAUAUUGGUACAUGGUAAUUUGUCAUGAAUUAGCACACAAAUUUGUCAAUGAUCACAAUUCUGAACAUGAAUAUCAUCUCACAUCUCUUGCGACAAAAUAUAUGAAAAAUUUACUAAAAUUAAUGAAUAGAAAUAAAAUAAAUUUAGAUAUGAAGUAGUUUAAGUGUUUUUGAAUACAUACUGUAUAUUAUUUAUAUGUGCAUAAUGAAUAAUACUGUAAAAAUUCAACAAAAAAAUUUUUUCUAAUUAAUUAAAAUUCUUUCGAUCUUUUUCUU